CGCGCGCCUCAUGGGAGAGCCUGCAGCUUCGCAGGCGUCGGGGAACGCGGCGCCGCCCUCCUGGUUCAAUGCGCCGCAGACGGCGCGCCGGAAGAGAGCGGGCCGCGGCGGCGAUGGGGGCGAGGAGAGGAAGAACAAGGGCAGCAGGGGCGGCGGCGGAGGUGGGGGCAAGCUCGCGCUGCUCAACGCGCGCCUCGCCAUGGCGCUGGCCGGGGGCGUCGCGGACCUCGAGGGCGCGGUGUGCCGCCGCUGCGAGAUGCCGAGCGCCGGCGUGGGCCUGGCCGCAGCGGUGGAAGCCGCGGGGGUCACGUGCAACGAGACAAUCCUGGACAUGGAGAAGCAGCAGCGCGAAGGUGGCGACGUGGACUGGGAGGCUCGCGGACCACCGCGCGCCCGCGCAGCGAUGGUGGCGAUCAUCUACGGCGUGGGCGAGCAGUUCGAGGGUGACGGCGACGCGCAGGCGAUCGAGCUGCGCGACGAGAUGAGGGAGUUCUACCAGCAGGAGAUCUUCGCGCCAGGAGUCACGGCGGCGAAGCUGGGCCGUUCGAUUCCGUGCUUCAGGGGGCAGGUCUUGAAGGCGCAGAACAGGGGGCAGACCAAUGCCAUCAUUUCGGUGGCGUUCCACGAGGGCACGAAGAUAUGA